UGGGCUCAGCACAAAAAACAGCUCUUACUAGCUCCCACAUGGACACUCUUGCUGCUGGAGGGAGUGAGACGGGAGACGAGGAGCUGAGAGGAAGAGAGACUCUACAUUCGUCUCGACUUUAGUGCCGCAGCAGACCAAGCUCCUCACACCACAUAAGCUGCCUCCUGAAGGAAUAUGAAGAAAAAGUGCAAGCUGCACCUGCAGUUCAAACUGGCCGACCAGGAUAGCAGCUUGGCGCCUCCCUCUCCCAGUCCCCAGGCGCGGGGUCAAUGGGACACCAAACUGGAGUUCCUGCUGGCUGUGGCGGGACAGAUCAUCGGCCUGGGAAAUGUGUGGAGGUUCCCAUACCUGUGCUACAAGAAUGGAGGAGGGGCAUUCUUCAUCCCAUACGUUCUGUUCCUGUUCACCUGCGGCAUCCCCCUCUUCCUGCUGGAGACCGCCCUGGGCCAGUACACCAGCCAAGGGUGCAUCACCUGCUAUAGAAAGAUCUGCCCCCUGUUUGAGGGAUUAGGCUAUGGGAGCCAAGUAGUGGUUUUGUACUCCAGUAUCUACUACAUCAUUAUUUUGGCUUGGGCUUUCUUCUACCUCUUUUCUUCCUUCAGUUCUCCACUCCCCUGGUCCACCUGUGGAAACUUCUGGAACACAGCCACCUGUGUUGAUUUUGAAUUGAAAAACAUAUCGAAAAACUGGACAUUUGCCGAAAACGCUACGUCACCAGUGCGGGAGUUUUGGGAGAGACGAGUGCUGAACAUCACAGACAGUGUCCAUAACCUUGGGGAGAUAAAAUGGGAGCUGGCUCUGUGUCUCCUGCUGUCUUGGAUCAUCUGCUACUUCUGCAUCUGGAAGGGUGUGAAGUCUACUGGAAAGGUGGUGUACUUCACAGCCACCUUCCCCUACGUGAUGCUGGUGGUGCUGCUGGUUCGGGGGCUCACACUUCCUGGAGCAAAAGAUGGCAUCAAAUUCUACCUCUACCCUGAUCCUGCCCGACUCACUGACCCUCAGGUAUGGAUGGAUGCUGGGACACAGAUAUUUUACUCCUAUGCUAUCUGUAUAGGCUGCCUUACAGCCCUGGGGAGUUACAACAAGUACAACAACAACUGCUACAAGGACUGUAUAUACCUGUGCCUUCUGAACAGCACCACCAGCUUUGUGGCUGGUUUUGCCAUCUUCUCAGUGCUGGGCUUCAUGGCAUAUGAACAGGGAGUGGACAUCUCCAUGGUGGCUGAGUCAGGUACAGCAUGCCGCAGUCAUAACCAGUGCUCAGACAUUGCAUGCACACUGUCAUCUCUUCUGCAAUGCACUUUCCACACAGGCCCUGGGUUGGCGUUCAUUGCAUAUCCUCGAGCAGUCGCCAUGAUGCCCUUGCCCCAGCUAUGGGCUAUCUUCUUCUUUGUCAUGAUCAUCUUGCUGGGCUUGGACAGUCAGUUUGUAGGUCUAGAGGCUCUCGUUACUUCCAUUUCAGACAUGUACCCUGCCUUCUUCCAAAUUGGACACCGUCGAAAACUACUUCUCCUAAGCAUAAGUGUGGGAUGUUUCCUCAUUGGCCUGGUUAUGGUCACAGAGGGUGGCUUGUACAUUUUCCAGUUGUUUGAUUACUAUGCCUGCAGUGGAAUGACCCUGCUGAUUUUUGCCAUCCUUCAGUCAAUAUGUAUCGGAUGGGUGUAUGGUGCAAAUCGAUUAUACAACAACAUUGAGGAUAUGAUUGGUUAUCGGCCACUGCCUCUGAUUAAAUACUCCUGGCGCUAUGUUACCCCACUUAUCUGCGCUGGCACCUUCAUCUUCUCCCUGAUCAAGUACACCCCCCUCAAAUUCAACAAUGUUUAUGAGUACCCCUGGUGGGGCUAUGCCAUUGGUUGGUUCUUCACCCUCUCUUCUACACUCAUAGUGCCUUUCUGGAUGGUAUAUGUCAUGAUCACCACCCCUGGAUCGAUUCGACAGCGGCUCCGUGCUCUCUGCACGUCAGCUGAGGACCUCCCCCUCACACGUGCACAGAAGGAGGCACUCUUCCCCUCUCAGGACCAACCUGGAAAGCUCCCUGGAUUGUACCUGCGAGACAUUGGGCCAGUAUAGCCUUCCCCGGGCAGCCUCAGAAAUCUCAAGUCUAGGGAGCAGUCUGUCAGUUUGUGGCGUGGCUCUGCACUGAUGCCGCCGCCUUUGAGGAAAAAAGGUGGCCAAACGUUGUAUUUUACUUGUUGAACUAAUAUUGUUAAGAAACUGGACUGUCUUUUACACCUGCUCUGACACUGAAGUGUCAUGGACCAGCGGUCACUCAUUGGAUGUUGCCGGGAUGUAACUAUGGAGAACUUCGUCAGUAGGUGUGAUGCACAGAAAAACGCAGGGCUGUUCAGUCCGCUGACCACCGAUGUUCACAAAAAACAAAAAACCUAAACGAAUAGUCCUGGCAGAAGUUUGCUCCUUGUGUUGUUAUUCAUGUCCCAUUAACUCCAUGCCUUUUAGCAAACAUCGAAACAGCCCGUCUUCUAGGUGAUGAUUGAUUUAGGGGUCUGGACACGCUAUCUUGCAAACUCAACCCCACUUAUCUGCCUUUUGUCAUAAUUCACUUUUUUUUAGAGAAGUUCAUUCAAACAUUUCUAGUUUUUAGUGUAUUAAUUAUACCGUAUUCAUAACAUGGUGAUAAUAUAUUUUAAUAAAAAUUGGUCCAAUCAUCAUCGUACUUUGACCACCUGUGAUGGUGUGGCAUUUAUGAAUAUAAGCUAGUCGAUUUAAUUUUCUGCAGAGGAGCCAGAAAAGUAAUUUGGUCAUUACAUGGUGAAACACAACAGAAAUGGUGCUAUCCGUGUUACUUGCGUCAAGCAUGUGGAAUAUCUACCUCUGUAUGUAUUUUUUUGAGAGCCUGGCACGUGGGGCUGGCACGUCAGACCUGCUCUCUGAUUGGUCUACCCAGUCAUGCCAUUGUAUCGACCCACCCCACCAACUACGGAUGUCUAACCAGCCUAUGCGCCCCAGACAUGAACAUGGCAAAGGUUAAUCCGUAGCAAAGCUGUACGUGCCCUUUGCAUGCGCUCCACGCUUCAGAAUGUCUUACCUUGCUUUUUUGCAGAGAGUGUGUGUCUUAACACAGGAGUUCAGUAUGUGACUUUAUGUAUUCACCACCCAUAAUGCCUGAAGAGCAACAAAUUGUUCAGAUAGUUUUUGAUUUUAACAAACAAAUGUUACCUAAAACAUCAUAGGAAAAAUUACUAUCACAGACAAAUAUUUCUCUAAUUAUGGACAGCCCAAGUCGGCUUGCACAUCAUCCCCGGUAUGGAACACUAUGGGUGCUGCCAAAAUUGCAUACUUGCACAGAACCCUACUACUCAGCCAUUAAUGCAGUAUGUACUGUAUCUAUGCAAGAGAACAGUACGCAUGCUUUAAGAUACACUGUGUCCGGCAUCUUGUAUAUUACCUGACCCAGAUGUUUACCAGUGACGAAGCUUGACCCUUGCGAAUGUUAAAAACGGAUAAAGACAAAUAAAUGAAAAAAAAUAAUGUAUUCGAGUCAACUUAUGUAGCUGGGUAUUGUACUUAAAUUUGUAUAGAGGCAGCACCUAGUCCACCCUCCUGACAAACAUUUCUUAGCAAGCAGCAUUCUUAGUCUCUGAUUGCAGCUCCAGUGGCCAUCUGAGUACUGUUGGCUUACUGUCUGACCCAUACUGAGGAUUCAGACAUGCUGCUCAUGUUGCAUGCUAUAUUUCGCAUACUACAUAGCAAGCAAGAAUGCAAUUUCGAACAUACCCUAUGUCUUUGACCACAGUGGUGUCAUUUACAUGGUAUCAGUGAGCUAAUUCAGUGUCUGAGCUGAAGCCAAUAGUUGUGGGAUCAGCAAGGAUAAUUGUAAACUAAACGAACUCACAGAUGCCCCCAUCUGUCCUACUGUUAUUAUGGAUGUCAUAUUUACUUUGCCUUUUGGCUUACUUGUCACCAGACAUCCUUGGCAUAAUUACAGUGUAGGCAUUUGUUCCAUAUAGCAAGCGUUGCCUUAAAAAUGCAAAGAAUGUAUAGCAUCUGUAUUAUCAAAAAAAUGUGUAAUUUAUUACCUAAUUGUUGCACAUUUUUGUAUAUACUUGUAAUCCAUUCCCUGGAUAACCAGGACAUGCCCUUAUAAGGUAGUUCUAAAAGAAUCACGUUUGUCGUUCAUAUAGGUGUUUUUUUUUUUUUUUGGACUUGUUUGCUUGUUGUUUGUUUGUUGAUGCAGUGGGGCCUCUAAGUCAGCUUUCUAAUCCCACAAACAUAGCAAUGUCAUAAACUGCAGGGGAUGCAACACUGAUCUGUAUCUCCCUCAUAAUGUGACAACACCUCUAACUGGUGGCAGAUUCGAAGUCUUUAAAGCACCACUGUGAGAAGCAUGGCGUCACCUGCAAGAUGCUCUUUUUGUCGCUUUUUAAUUGUUUUUCUCCAGGGAAAGGCAGAAACAGCAGUAGCAACAGGAUGAGAGAACUUUUGAGAAAGAAGGACUGAAAGCAUACAGAAGGAGAAUUAGGGACAGAGUUUAUGUCGGUAUUCCUAUAAUUCUGAAGUUUUACUUCUUUGUUGUUGAUUUCGUUUCCUUAUCACUGACAGAACUAAAUAAGUAAAUCAUUUAUUGUUUGCA